AUGACACAGUCGAGUGGACCUUCAACUGUCCUCUCUCUGUGUGUGUGUGUUUCAGCCUACUCUACCCAGAUGGGUUUGAUUGAGACGACACAGGGGCUACUCGCAGGGGCUGGGGGCAGUCAGCGUCUCCCCAGAGCGGUGGGCUUUGCCCUGGCUGAAAAGCUGAUCUUCACUGGCAGGAGGGCUGUGGACAUAGGACUGGUCAACAGAGCUACAGAGCAGAACCCAGAUGGAGACGCUGCCUAUUGAGAGGCACUGAGUCUGACUAGAGAGAUACUACCACAGGCCCCCAUCACUGUGAGGAUGGCCAAGGAGGCUAUGAACAGAGGCAUGGAGGUGGACGUCACAUCAGGGAUGGCCAUAGAGAGGAUGUGUUAAGCCAGGCUGAUCCCGACACGAGACAGACAGGAGGGCAUGGCUGCCUUUAUAGAAAAGAGACCCACGCGCUACACUGGAGAGUAA